AUGAGCAAUUUCGAUAAUGAAAUUUAAGAUAACUCAAUCGAACUUGAUUUGCCUAUUAAUAGAUAAAUUUUGUCCUUUUUAUAAUUAGGAAUAGAACAAUUCAAUUAACUUUUGGAUAAUAUUCCUUUGAUUAGAAAUGAUACUUUCUUUGAGGAGGAAGAAAACUAAUUUUUUUUUCCUUUGACAAGAGCCUCAAUAGGAAGAGAUAGACAAUCACCAAGGUAUUUUUGUGUUCAAGAAAUUAGAGAAAAACCCCAAAAUAUUUAGAAAUACCUUCAAAAGCGUACCAUCCUAUUUUAAAACAACCAUUUUGAUCCAAGACUCCCUCAUAUCAAAAUAACUUAAUUUAGAAAUACGAACAUAAAUCAUCAAUAUUUUAUUAAUGAAUUUGGGUAUAUCAAUUUAAACAAUAUCAUAGACUUGUAGAUUCACAAAAAAACACUAAUUCUGUAGACAUACUAAUAGGUCGAUUAUAUCGAUAAAAUUAGGAUAUUGUUCCUAAUGACAUAAGUAACAUAUUAUUAUUCUAUCAGGAUAGUUUUACCUGAAGAUAGGGUGAUAUCUCGAAUUCAUUGUAAGAUUAUCUGCAAUGAUUACUUCAGAAAAAAUUAAAUAAUAGAUCCUCUUUAUUUAAAAGUUUUGAAACUAAUUAAUCUCCCAGCCUAAAUAAAAUAUAGAAUUAGCUAAUUUUUAGAGUAGAUUAUUUAUCAAUUAGUAUAGAAAACCUAAAAUUGUGUAAAUAUAAGAUCUUGGAAGUAUAUGUGGAACCUAUUUGCGUGUCUUUAGAUAAGAACCUUCUUUGCUUUAAUAAGGUCAUAAAUUUAGUAUAGGAAGUGACACAUUUUUUAAUAUUGUUUUUAAUCACAGAUUGGAUCUAAAAUUAAAAUAGAUAGAUGAAGAGUGGCAUAGUAUAAUCAAACAAUUAUCUACUUUGAAACAUCCCUAAAAACACGAAAUUCAUUUUAGUGAACAAUUAAAUUCAACCAGUAUUUUUGAACCUAUUGAAUCUAUAAGGAGUCUUUCAAUUUAAGACCUUUAUUAAAAGUUAAGGGAAUAUUAGAUCCCUAUUUUAAUUGUGAAAUUUUUGGGUUAAGGAGUGGAUAUUAAUAGAGCCAUAAAUUUAUUUGUAGGAAAAAAUUAGAUGGAUACUAAUGAUUAUUUUGUAGGAAGAGGAGCUGAAAAUAAUAUUAAGAUCAAUUCCAAUACUAUAUCAAGAAAGUAAUGCCGUAUAAAAUAUUCUCAAAAGUAAUUAGAUUUAUUUAAAUUAGAUUUUCUGCAUGGAUAAUAAAUGAUGGAUUUUAAGAUAGAGAUUCCGCUAAUGGUACUUGGAUUAGUUUAUAAACUGCAGAAGAAUCAGACUAAAAAAUUGAAUCAAAAUAAAUUGAACUUCAUCAUAAUGAUGAAAUUAAGAUAAGUGAUUUUAUUUUAAAGUUGGAUUUUAUUAAAGGUACAAAAUCAGGAAUUGGGCAUAUAAUAAAUAAUUUUCUUCAUGAUUGA